CCGGGCGGGCCGGGAUGGGGCCGGGCGGGCCGGGAUGGGGCAGCGCGAUCGGAUGUUCAAGGUGCUGGUGGUGGGGGACGCCACGGUGGGCAAGACCUCGCUGGUGCAGCGCUACGCCAACGACAGCUUCAACCGGCACUACAAAUCCACCGUGGGCGUGGAUUUUGCCCUGAAGGUGGUUCAGUGGUCGGAGUCGGAGACGGUUCGGCUGCAGCUCUGGGACAUUGCAGGGCAGGAGCGUUUCACCUCCAUGACCCGCCUGUACUACAGGGAGGCCUCGGCCUGCCUGGUGCUCUUCGAUGUCACCAACCCCAGCACCUUCAGCAGCAGCCACAGGUGGAAGCAGGACCUGGACAGCAAGGUGGUGCUGCCCGACGGGAGCCCCGUGCCCUGCCUGCUGCUGGCCAACAAGUGUGACCUGUCCCCCUGGGCAGUGAGCAGGGAGGAAAUCGAUCGCUUCAGCAAAGAGAACGGAUUCUCAGGCUGGGUGGAGACGUCUGUGAAGGAAAACAAAAACAUCAACGAGGCCAUGAGGGUUCUGCUGGAGAAGAUGAUGUCCUCGUCCUCGGGGGAUGGCAGCUCCUGCUCUGCUGGCACUGGGGAUUACAUCAGCAUCAAGGAGAGCUCCCCGCCGGGCUGGGGCUGCUGCUGAGGGCCCCGGGCUGCUCCUCCUCCUCCUCCUCAUCUUCAUCACCAUCAUCACCAUCACCAUGGUCACCUUUCCUGGACUCGCCCUGGUUUGGGGCUCUUUCCUGUGAUUUGAACUUUGCAGUGGCUCAGCACAGCAGGGAUGGGAGGGAGGGCUGGAGGAAGAGGAGGGGGAGUAUUCCUGAUUUGGGAGUAUUCCUGAUUUGGGAAUAACCCUGAUCUGGGAGUAUUCCUGAUCUGGGAGUAUUCCUGAUUUGGGAAUAACCCUGAUCUGGGAGUAUCCCUGAUUUGGGAAUAUUCCUGAUCUGGGAAUAUUCCUGAUCUGGGAGUAUCCCUGAUUUGGGAAUAUUCCUGAUCUGGGAAUAUUCCUGAUCUGGGAGUAUCCCUGAUUUGGGAAUAUUCCUGAUUUGGGAAUAACCCUGAUCUGGGAGUAUUCCUGAUUUGGGAAUAUUCCUGAUUUGGGAUUAUUCCUGAUUUGGGAGUAUUCCUGAUCUGGGAAUAUUCCUGAUCUGGGAAUAUUCCUGAUUUGGGAGUAUCCCUGAUUUGGGAGUAUCCCUGAUUUGGGAAUAUUCCUGAUCUGGGAAUAUCCCUGAUUUGGGAGUAUUCCUGAUUUGGGAGUAUUCCUGAUCUGGGAGUAUUCCUGAUUUGGGAGUAUCCCUGAUUUGGGAAUAUUCCUGAUCUGGGAAUAUCCCUGAUCUGGGAGUAUUCCUGAUUUGGGAGUAUCCCUGAUUUGGGAAUAUUCCUGAUCUGGGAAUAUCCCUGAUCUGGGAAUAUCUCUGAUUUGGGAAUAACCCUGAUUUGGGAAUAUCCCUCAUUUGGGAAUAUUCCUCAUUGGAAAUAUUCCUCUUUCUGAAUAUUCCUCUUUUUGAAUAUUCCUCUUUUUGAAUAUUCCUCUUUUUGAAUAUUCCUCUUUCUGAAUAUUCCUGAUUUGGGAAUAUUCCUGAUUUUCUCUGCAGCUCUGGUGGAGCACAAUCCAUGUCCAAGCAGUGCCUUGGAUUACAUUGAAUUUAUUUUUUCAUUUU